UCACAAAAAUUAAAAAAAUUAAUAAUACGUUACAACUUAUAAGAAGAUGAAGAAGAAACCAGAUUUUUAAUAUUUAUGUCUCAACCAUCCAUUCAUCCACCACCACCCUCUCUUCAACUCCAGGUGGAUUGUUUCGGUAUAAAGCAAUUGUAGAAGAUGUUGGGAGGAAGUAACAAUAAUUCCUUAGUCCCUGUCUUUGUUGAUGAUCACCUUUUAAAAUAUCCAUCGAACGCAUCGGAUAAGUUGCAGCUAUUUGGAAAUGUACAUUAUGACCAUAAUAGUCCUGCCUUUCGGCCCAACAAACGUCAGAGGGAAGUUGAUUCUAUUUCUAUGCAAAGAAAGCGUCAAAUUUCACUGAAUCAUAGCUUUUAUCAUGAUGAUUUUGAUCGCCCUUCAAGUAUCCCGAACCCACACCAUGUAUCAACUGGUUUAAAAUUAUCAUAUGAUGAUGAGGAACGCAAUUCUUCCAUCACUUCAGCAAGUGCAAGCAUGACAUUAGCACCAUCAUUUAUGUCUUCUAUCGGUGAUAGCAUAACAACGGAACUUGAUCAACACAAAGAAGAGUUCGAAAGAUUCAUUAUGAUUCAGGAAGAAAACAUGCUGAAAGGAAUGAGGGACAUAAGGCAGAGACACAUGACAGCUUUGUUGGCUGCUAUUGAGAAAAAGCUAGAAAAUAAACUACAUGAAAAACAAGUGGAAAUAGAAACCAUAAACUGUAAAAACAAGGAACUUGUAGAGAGAAUAAAGGAGGUUGCAAAUGAAGUCCAAAACUGGCACUACCGAGCAAAGUACAACGAGUCAAUGGUGAACAUACUGAAAGCAAAUCUUCAACAGGCAGUGGCCCGUGGAAAUGAAAACCGAUUCAAAGAAGGAUUUGGAGAGACGACAGACGUUGUUGAAGUAUCGUCUAUAGGAUUAGCAGCCAACAAUGUGGGGAAGUCUAGUUGUAAGGUAUGUAGAGCAAAUGAGGUGUCGGUUUUGGUAAUGCCUUGUAGACACCUUUGUUUGUGUAAGGAUUGUGAUGGUUUCACGAGCGUGUGUCCAGUUUGCCAGAUGGUCAAAACGGUUAGUAUGGAAGUGUACCUGUCGUAAUGUAAUAUAUCGACAGUUAUAAAAGUUACAUAACUUAUAUAAAACGAAGAAGUCAUCCAUACGUUUUGGCUAUGUUUUUA